AUGGCGUAUCCUCUGCCGACAGACACACAUUUCGAAACGUACUACCCUCCGGCAAAUGGUAACCCUUGCACUAGCCACGCAGAGAUUCUUGCAUUUGUCCCUACGACUGGUUUGGGCGUGUACAGUACCGCAGGAUCGUUUACGAAGACUAUCUCGCAUGAUACUGGAAACAUUGCGGUACAACCGGAUUCAGGCCCAGUGGGGCAAAGGAAUCCUCUCGGCUAUGCGGGUAGCGCUGAAGGAGGCAACAACGGCUCGUUCCUUGGCCUUGGAUGCAACUUCACGGGCAAUAAUCCCAUCUCCGGCAGUUACACAAGCAAUUCUCCCCGCGAGGGCCUUAUUUCCUUUGUACCACCAAGUAUUGGCGGCAACGUACCUCAGGAUAUUCCCUCUGCGGGCGCUUUGUUGGACAAGGAGAAGAAAUUACGCAGACGCGCUCAAAACCGUGCCGCACAACGUGCGUUCAGAGAGCGCAAGGAGCGCUACACUGCAGAAUUGGAACAACGGGCCAAGGAAACCGAGGCGCGGUGGAACAACCUACAGCAGGAGAACGAAAGACUACGAUCCGCUAUCACCUCCCUGCAAGCAGCAAUUUCGUCACUCUAG